AUGGGACAACACUGUGGCGUUGUAUGCCUUGACCUCAAGAAGUAUCAGGUCCUCUUUGGGGACUCCAUUGGCUGGCCUGUACCGCAUGAAGCAAUCUACGCUUUAGUGAAGUGGAUGGACCCGCCUGCCGAGGACCUUCCCAAGUGGAGGAAAGCCAGCAAGAAUGUCCUGCCUUUCUUGACCCCAAAGCAGCAGGACAGCGGAUCCUGUGGCAUACUAGCCGCUAUGGCCAUCGAGCAACAUAUGGAGGAUGAUGACCUCGUCCGUGCCUUCAAGAAGUAUGUGAAAGACGAUACGCAACACCCAACACCAGAGGAGGACAUGGCAGACUAUCUUCAUGAUCUCUUCAAGUUUAGUCAUCCUGACGGCCUCACAGUCAAAGGGAACGCGAAAGUGGCUGUCCAGGACGAGGCGAAGGUCGACCCUCAAGACAAAGCAAAGAUCACGGUGAAGGACAAGCCAAAGCUCGUGGUCAAGGACGAUACGAGCGCUCCGGUGGAGGACAAUGCGAGGAUUGUGGUACAGCAUAAGACAGACAUCAUCUUCGACAAAGACAGCGAUGUGGAUCAGCAACCAUAUAAUGAGGGUGACGGCGGCUUCACACCGAUGAUUAUAGCGACGGCGAACCUGAUGCAAAAGAUGGCGGUCGAGGAAGCAUCAGGAUCCCACCAAACAACGACCCAACGCGGGUUCCUCUCGGGCAGAUUGUGGGUUCAAGAUCAACCUGACAAGCCCCAAGGCCAUUACUCCUUUUUGGCACAUCACGAAGAUCGCGCUUGA